AUGGGGAAGGUUUGCGGAACAUUCAAACUUACCCCGUCUUUUGUUUCAGUUCCGCCAGACAUAUUGGACCAUUCGACCAGUUCGGAUGUGAUUGUGAGGGAGGGUGCAUCAAUAAGUUUACGAUGCGCAGCCCGCGGAUCUCCCGAGCCGACCAUUACCUGGAAAAGGGAAAAUAAUGAAAACAUAUACUUGCCUAAUGGACAACAAGUUGCAAGCUUCAGUGGUCCCGUUCUCAAUAUCACGCAGGUCAGCAGGAGGCAAAUGGGUCACUACCUGUGUAUUGCCUCAAAUGGUGUUCCGCCGUCUGUCAGCAAAAGAAUAACAGUCAUCGUCAAUUUUCCGCCAAUGAUAUGGAUUCAAAAUCAGUUAAUUGGUGCGCACGAGGGUCAAAUGGUUACACUGGAAUGCCAUUCAGAAGCAUAUCCGAAAUCAAUUAACUAUUGGACAAAGGACUCGGGAGAUAUAAUUGCCCAAAGUGCAAAAUACGAACCAACGAUAAUAGAAUCUUCGUACAAAGUGCAGAUGAAGCUGGCGAUAAAGUCGCUUAGUCACGGCGAUUACGGCAGCUACAAAUGCGUGGCAAAAAACUCUCUCGGCGACACCGAUGGAACCAUCAGGCUUGUUCAAAUUGCUAGGCCGACCGCCAUUCAUCAAACAACGGGUGAUCCGGACGGCGGCGAUAUGCCGCCGUAUAUGCUUAAGGGAGUCAUUGGGGAUGCACAUCGCGCUUCUGAAGCAAGCCAACUGAUGUUAAUCCUCUCAUGUGUAUUUCUUUUAAUAGUCGAGCAACAAUAAGUGCACCCAUGAAAACGUUUUGUACAAAGACUCGGCAGAUAUUGUACCUACUGUUGUAAUUUUAAAACUGUCUACAGUGAAAGAAAUAGAGUCAAUGUGGCUGUUUACUACUUCUUAUAAUCAUAUGGAAAGACGAUGGUGAUUUAAUGUGAACUACUAUUCCAUUUUCUUCUUAACCUAUUGACAAUAACCAAAAGUUCCAAGCCCAUUUUACUACUUGCAAUCCCACCUUUCUAAAACUAUACAAUUCUUGUUCGAUUACUCAAGUACUUACAUACCUACUGAAAAGAAAUAUUAAUGAUUUCAGUCGUGCAUAUUAACUGUUUCUAUGCAGGCAGACAGUCUAGUAGGAACAAGGGGGUAAAUAUAGGUACAGAAGGUGAAACUGCCCUUCUUAUUUUUUAAAUUACGUCAUAGAGAUAGCGUUCAAAAAUAUAUAGAAAUGUAGACCUCGGUAUAUACUUAUUUAGAAUUCCCGAAGGACGAAUACUUGCGUUGAAAAAAAAGACGGCGUACAGGGUUAAAACAGACAAAAAUUAUUGGAAAAAAAACAUGAAAUAUCUUGAUUGGUUCUAAUUAUUUCGGCAAAAGUAGGACACAUUCGUCUUUUCUAUCUAGCCUCUGCUCCUUGUGGGGUGUCCACUUUAUUAGAAACUUAACCCCCUUUAUUAUCCGAACAUGCUGCCAUUUUAGUUGAUAUCUCGUGCCCACUUCUCCGUCCAACAGAGAAAGGACUCUUUCGAAAGUACACAGGCCCGUUUAACCACACGCCAAACAUCCCCUAUACACUGCGGUGAACCUAUACAUAGGAAUUCAGCGCAUAUAAAGCUGAUUUAUGACCGCUUGCAAAAAACUGCGAAUUUUAGGUUAGAUCAAGUAUUACCCGGCAGUGACGUAGUACUUAGCAUCUAAAUAUUUUAACUCUUAUUCCACAAUACUCUGCACAAUAUACAAUUCAAAAAAUUGACCGACUUUACAUAAUGAUACAGCAUGUACUUUCGAAGGCGUCGUUAAGUCUAACCCUUUUCGUAUGUACGACUUAUAUCAUCGAUUUCUUACCCCCUCUUUCUACCAAUGUCGGAUUUAGGGCCGGAUGUAGUCGGGGCAUCCUCUAAAUAUAAAUAUAAUUUGACAACACGUAUUUGUUUUUUUUUUAUUACGAGAAGAAUUUGAUGAUGACCUUUGAUUUGGCCUUAUGAUGAUGACGAGAAGAAUAAGUCUAAUCAAUAAGAUUUUAGGAAAGCCUUCAAACAAACAUAUAUUAUUUUAGGUGAAAUUCACGGAUCGUUAACUGACUUAAAAUAUUAAGAUAAAAUUCUGAAUCCGACACUGUUAUAUACCUAUCAUCUGUUUGUAUUUCCCUUUAAUAAGAGUUGUUCCAGUGUUAUGUGUCCAUAUAAAUAAUAGUGCGUUCAAGAAAUGGAUUAGCGAGGUGAAAAUUUAUGUGUUUCGUUAAGUGAUGGUCUCAGCACGAGUACUUACCACUCAACUACCAGAUGGGCAAGAAUGCGGCAAGAUGCCAUUAUAAAACGGUAUGAAGACGUCUAGAUUUAUUAUUAGUGUUUAUACAUAGAUGGAACGGUUGGAAAGACUAAACUGAAGUUUAUGUACUUAGAUAUUUAGUGCAAACGACGGAAGUACGUAUUACUAUUAUGUAGCGGACGAUAGAAAUACGAAAGCUUCGCUUUCAACGAGCUUUUAGUCGUGAAAGUGACUUGAUGAUUGCUAAGGGAGAAAACGCAAAUUGGUGUAAAAAGUUUUAUUACAACUCGGUCUUACGAUUACUUUUAUUGCUCUGGCGUUUUAGUAAAAGUAAAGUAUGAGUGUCCAUAAAAAUAUAAGAAAUUCUCUCUCAAACACAGCGAAAAUAGAAUUCUCUUAUACAAACGAAUUCUAUAAAUUAUUAUAAUGCACAAGUCGCAUCUAUUGAAGUUUUUUGAAUUUAAUAGUUCUCAUUACAAUUGUUUCGCUACACCGUAGCUUCACCAAGGAACGACAUACGUUAUUUAAAUGUCAGUGUAAAACGAUCAUAAAAAAAAAAUUUGUUGACGGGGUUGUGCAAAUUCUCUUCUAAAAGCUCUGAUGUUUUAAGUAUUAAAAUAAAUGAAUUAUGGAUACGAUACAUAUUAAUUGUAGCGAAUUUAUUAUCCUUCAGUAGAGGUUAUUGUUUAUUCGCUGGGUUUAUACUGAAAACAGGGUAAAAUUCACACCCUACUAAUAAAAAUGACCUCUAGUUAUAAUUGAUUUAUGAAAACAAUUGAUUAAUCCCUUGAGAGAAUAUUGACUUAUAUUACGAACAAUGGACACUCGAUUAGAGCUUGUUUUUUUAUAAUUAUCUCACAAACUAAAAGGAUAUUGACAGUAAACAAACGAAGAAAUAAAAUUAAUAUCUAAUGCAUUAUCUUUCAUACGGAAUAUUAAAGUAUAUCUAUAACCGCUUGACGAAUUUAAUUUAUUUAGAUGAAAAAUACAACUUAAUUUCCGUGUGGUGUUUGCCCUGUCCUUUACACAGUAGCAAACGUUUCUCCCUGCUUAACAUAUGUCAUCUUCAGUUAGUUCCGUAUUAUUUAAAUCCAUAUGUUAUAUUGGUAUCGCACACCAUAGCGUGUGGAACUCACUAAAGAUAUCAUCUCCUAAAUAUAGCGAAACAUUUGAAGUUAAGAAAAAGACACAGUAAAAUACCAUCACCCACAAACUCAACCAGUUUCAUAGAUAUUUAUUUAUUCAUUACAUUGAAGUAGUUUAUGUAAAACAUUCUGUGCUGUUCAUAUGAAGUAUUACAAAGUCUAUGCAGUAUACAUUUACCUAUUUUAUCUUUAAGGGUUGCUGUAAAGUAAGAAAAGAUUUUGCCAGAUUUGGAAUAAGGAAGGUACCUACUUACUACAUUGAACACUUUUUACUUUCCAUAAAACUGUGUUUAUGACUUACGUUUUUUUAUUACUUCAGUUGCAAACGUAAAUUUUUUAUUCUGCCGUUUCGUGAUAGUUGCUGCAUUAAUACGAAAAGUAAGAACAAUAUUAAAUUUCAUCAGAAAGCUUCUAAAAUAAAUUCAACAAAUGCCACUACAGUAACUAAUAAGCACAUGUUUUUCACCUAUUUCAGUUAAUGAUAUAAAUAAAAGUACCUAUUGAUGACAGUGAAAUAUUAAAUUUUCAAAAAAUUCUUGUUUUUACAAUUAUCGUCCAGGAUAGAGUUCAAAAAAUCAUUGAUUGACGAUUACCUUCUCAUAAAGUUAAUACUGUUCCAGGAUCUUUUUAAUAAAAUAACUAAUAAAAUAAUUCGAAGUGGUCUGUAUUCUGUCGA